GCUUCUGUAUAGACUGUGCUAACUUGCGCGGACUUUGCUACAUUCACCCUCAACAAGAUAUCACUUGGCCAAACAGUACCUGGAUAGAGCUCCGGCCAACCACUCCUUUGUAAUACCACUGCAUGAGCUCAACAUGAGCUCAAUAUCAGGUUUCCUCGGGGCCAUCCCAGGGGCGCAGCAGAUCCUCCAAACCAUGGCCGGCUCACUAGGCCUUGCUCCGCUUUCACAUCCAGAAAUUGCGUCUUCAGGAAGCACAUUCCAACAAUGUGGCAAACUCGAGCUGAGCUGCCAGACUAGUUACCACGGUCAAGAUACCUGUUGUUUCAACUACCCGGGUGGGCAGAUGCUGCAGACACAAUUCUGGGAUGCGGAUCCAGCAGUUGGACCUGAGAAUUCUUGGACAAUCCAUGGGCUAUGGCCAGAUCAUUGCAACGGCGGCUUCGACCAGUUUUGUGACUCUCAUAGGAAGUACAGCAACAUCUCCUUGAUACUAAUCGAUGCGGGUCGAAGGGACCUGCUAGACGAGAUGAGUACAUACUGGAAAGACUACAGAGGCGACGACCCGAACCUCUGGGAGCACGAGUGGAACAAGCACGGCACUUGCGUUAGUACCUUAGAGACGCACUGCUACUCCGAGUACUACCCACAACAAGAAGUUGUUGAUUACUUUGACAAGACCGUUGAGUUGUUUCAUGACCUUCCUACUUACAUGACUCUCGCCAAUGCUGGCAUCGUCCCGUCGUACACUCAGACCUACACCCGGCAUGAAGUCGAGGAUGCCCUCUCUAAAGCGCACGGUGCAACAGUCACAGUGCGGUGUCGAUCUCAACGGCUGCAAGAAGUCUGGUACUUCUUCAACGUAGAGGGACCCCUCCAAACAGGGAAAUUCGUGCCAUCUGAACCAGAUGGCCAGACAUCCAACUGCCCAGCCAAAGGCAUAAUAUACCAGCCAAAGACCCCUAACAAGGACCCCGGACACGGCCAUGAACCCACCAAAACCCGGCACCCCCAUGGGCCGACAGGUGCCCCCUUUAUUGGAAAAGGGAACCUGGUUGUUUCUACCAUGGGUCAGCAGCGCGGCUGCAUAAUCGGUCGCGGAACGUGGUAUUCGUCCGGCACGUGUGCUGAUUUCAGAGCGAAGAGGGCGUCUGGAGACACAUUUACGCUCUCAUCUCGCAAAGGACCCUGUGCAUUCAAGGACGAUAUUUUCACCUGCGGUUCUUAUAUCUCAAGCCCUGCGGAGUUCAGCGCCGAGGAUGGCAAGCUCUCCUACCACGGAAACACGACCUUCUUCGCAGAUAAAGCGCCAAAGGGUAAAGUGCAGAGUGACAUCUUCGUCUCGGAGGCGGACCAUCCCAUUGAGCUGUCUAUCGCAUGGAGAGGAUGAGUAUCAUAAUAGAUUAUUGUUAGAUGAGUAUAUAUCUGCUUUCCUAAGCGUUUGGGUAUGAAAAGCUAUUAUCUAUUUGGUGCUUAGCUUAGACUUGAGAAUUGGCCAAGGCCAAAACUAACCAAUACAUAUAUCCACAUAACAGACUAAUAAAAUACGUCAUCAUU